AUGCAAAUAAUGAAGAUGGGACCAUUUAUCACAUUCAUUGUCGAAGAGUUAUUCAAAACAGACACUUUCCGCAUAAGUUACAUUCAGCUCGAUCCACUGCGAUAUUUUCCGAAACUGGAAGUGUAUGAUAUCGCGGAACAGCAGUAUAUCGAAAUUUAUCUUGGAAAUUUAAUACCGGGCCGAGAUUAUAAUGUUUCCAUAACACCCCAAAUGAAGGAUGUUGAAGGCCGACCCUGGAAGGCUAUCCUUACAACAAGUUCGUUUAGUGUGUAA